CGCCCAACUCCCGCCUCCCUCCUCCGUUCCUCACUUUCCAAUUUCCGUCUCCACCCUCCGCGGUCCGCGCCGCGGACCGCGGUCACCACUCACCAGCAGCGCUGCAGCGCCACGCCGCCACUCCAGUCCCCCACCGACCACUUGCCGAUUGCCGUUGCCGCGUCGGCGUUGCUGGAUCCUCAAGCAGACCGCCCGGACCCGGGAACCCGCCCGCGCGCUUAUUAAUAACGGCCACCUCGUUCCCCCGCCCGCCCCGAAGGCCGAGGGAAGUGUACGCGCCUAGCGACCAGCAUAGAUUCGUUCCACGCCUACCUCCUGCCCUCGCCCGUGCUCUCAGAUCUCGCGCGCGCCCCGCAAAGGGUAACUUUGAGCCAUGGGCACAGUUGUGGAUGCUCCAGCAGUUGUGGCUGAAGAGGUCACUGAGAACAUGUUGGGUGGUAAGAAAGUUACAGCUGUAUUUGUUCUAGGUGGUCCUGGAAGUGGAAAAGGCACACAGUGUGCCAACAUUGUGGAACACUUUGGAUUCACCCAUCUUAGUGCUGGAGAUCUUUUGCGUGCAGAGAUUAAAUCUGGCUCUGAGAAUGGAACCAUGAUUGAAAACAUGAUAAAGGAGGGAAAGAUUGUUCCAUCAGAGGUGACUAUAAAGCUGUUGCAGGAGGCAAUGAUAAAAAAUGAAAAUGACAAAUUCCUGAUCGACGGAUUUCCAAGGAAUGAGGAGAAUCGUGCAGCAUUUGAGAAUGUUACCAAAAUUUCUCCUGCAUUUGUGCUAUUCUUUGACUGUUCUGAGAAAGAGAUGGAGAAACGUCUCUUGGGGCGCAAUCAGGGAAGAGUUGAUGAUAACAUUGAAACUAUCAAAAAAAGGUUCAAAACCUUUGUUGAGUCAAGUUUGCCUGUCAUUGAGCAUUACAACUCAAGGGACAAGGUUAAAAAGAUUGAUGCUGCAAAACCAAUUCCUGAGGUGUUUGAAGACGUCAAAACCAUUUUUGCCCCAUAUGCUCCAAAGCAUUUGUUGGCGCUCCCAUUCCCCUCCUUCCCGCUUUUGAGUCCUCUGGGCUAGGUUCAAUGAAUUUUGCCCACUUCCAAUCUAAGAAGGGAAAACGAUACAGCUCGUGGGCCCUUCUUCAGCGACGCCAAAAAGAACUGAACAAAACUGAAAUACAUUCAUUUGUAUCCAUAAUCCCAAUUCUAAAAACACCAAGACCUCGUUCGAUUAUAAUUUAGAUAUACAUAUAUGUACUAUUUGUUUUUAUGCAAUUGUUAUAUACCAACAUGUUAUUGAAUAUUUGUGUGCCGUCAUAAUGAAUGAGUAUUAUAAUACUCUAUUGUAUGGAGCGAACCAAAGAGCAUACUACAAAUUGUAGAGUAGAAAAUGUAACAUUGAUAUAUCGAAUCAAUUUCUAUCUUC